UAAUUCGAUUUUGCAUUAGAAUAAUGCUGUUCAACUGUUACCGUGCAAAAAAUCUAAUUCAGUCGAACAGAAACAACAUUGCAACUAAUUAACAUUGCAACUUGUUAACUAAUGUCCGUUUUAACGUCGUACGUUGAUCCUAUAUUUUAAGCAGAAUAUUAUUAACUAUAAUGUUACGUUCUUUUAGUUCUUACACUGCAGUUUACUUAAAGCAAGGAAUACUGUCAGUCACUUUAAUGAUUUCAUAGCUCAGGAUGCUGGUAUAGGCGCCAGUCCCCUGUGACCCUGCAGAGGACAAGUGGGUUUGGAGGAUAGAUGGAGAAUACUAAAGAGGCUAAUGCCAUGGUAGACUCAGUUUCAUACAUGGCAGUCGUGGCUCUGUGUAACUGGAAGAUAAUACACAGUUUUGCCUGUGGUAUACUGGCCCGAACAGUGGUAUGUAAGCACACAGAUAAAAUGAUGUCAUCUAAACGGCCAUCGAUGCUGAUGUCUGGGAGCUUAUCAAUGAUGAAUGAAUGCCCAUCAUUAAUGAUGUCUGGACACUCAUCAGUGAUGAUGUCUAGAUGGUUAUCAGUUAUGCAAUCUAAAUGCUUAUCAGUGAUGAUGCCUACAGGCCCAUUACUGAUGAUGUCUGGAUGCUCAUUAACAACGGUGUCUUGGCGCUUAUCAAUGAUGAUGUCUGGACGGUUAUCAGUAAUGAUGUCUAAAUGCCCAUCACUGAUGAUAUCUGGAGGCUCAGCACUGAAGAUAUUUGGACACAAUAUUGAAGAGUUCCGAGACGUAAAACCUGGUGAUAAAGGAUAUGCGGGAUUACAAAACCAGGGAGCCACAUGCUACUUGAACACAGUACUACAAAUACUUUUCAUGACAAAGGAAUUCAGAGAAGCUGCAGAAAGGUACCUCCUGAAUAAUUCCACCAUUAAUAAUCACAUUGCGCAGUUAUUUGAGCGUUUAAAGUCUGGAGAGAGAAACAUUGUCACCACUGAAGGAAUCACAUCUGAACUUAAAAUUAAUGUUCAUAAGCAGGACGAUGCUGCAAAAUGUCUUCAGAAGAUACUUAACGUGGUUGAUCCUAAGAUGUCUGAGAUAUUUCAGGGAAUAAAGGUGGACACAACUACUUGUAUAAACCCACCAAAUUACCAUAAACCUCUGGAGCAAGUUAAAUCCUUUUUCAUUUUAUCAAUUUCCCUGGAGUCAGACACUAAUAUAAACCUGCAAAGCUGUUUUAAUUCAUAUUUCAAAUCAAUCUGCAUGAGAGGGGAAGGCCAACAAAUUUACUGUAAAGACUGUAGGAUGAUGAUGGACACAGAUAUGAGCUGCAGUUUGGAGAAAGUCCCUUCAGUUCUGGUUUUGCACUUGGAGAGGUUUGAACUGGAUUAUGACACCAUGUGCUGCAUAAAGAACCACUCCACAGUACAAAUUCCUGCCCAAUUAUGCAUUGAAGAGCAAGUUGUUAAAGAUAAGACUGGUAUAAAUCACAUGUAUGAUUUGUAUGCUAUAGCCAACCAUUUUGGUUCUCUCAAUGGUGGACACUUCUAUGCCAACAUCAAAUCAUUUGAAAAUCAGAAGUGGUAUCAGUUUAAUGACAGUGAUGUAAACAAGAUAACGGGUGAUUUGGACAAAGACUUGUUCAGUGAAGAAGCAUACUUAAUUUUAUACAAAAAAUCUGCAACAGAUUCAGUGGACCCUAGCUGUAAUUCUCAGGAAAUAUUGUCUACCCAAAACAUGAUGGAAGAAAGAAUAUUAGUUGAAUGUGAGAACCCAGAGAAAGAUGAGCCGAACGAUAAUAACAACAAAGAUCCUGUAGAGUCACAGUGUAAUUUUAAUCAGGCAGAGGACCAAUCAGAUCCCACCAAAACCUUUGCGUCUGUUCAACACCUAGAUUUGAAGAGACGGCGUUUGUCAGAAGAACAUGGUGAUGUAGUUUUGUACAAAAAACCUGCAACAGAAUCAACAGACCCUAGCUGUCAUUCUCAGGAAAUAUUGUCUACCCAAAACAUGAUGGAAGAAAGAAUAUUUGUUGAAUGUGAGAACCCAGAGAAAGAUGAGCCGAAAGAUAAUAACAAAAAAGAUCUUGUAGAGUCACCGUUUAAUUUUAAUCAGGCAGAGCAUCAAUCAGAUACCACCAAAACCUUUGUAUCUGUUCAACACGUGGAUUUGAAGAGACAGAGUAUAUCAGAACACAGUGAUGUAGUUUUUUACAAAACAUUUGCAACAGAUUCAGCAACCUCAGCAGACCCUUGUUGUCAUUCUCAGGAAAUAUUCCAUGUGGAAGACAUGAUGGAAGAAGGAAUAUCAGUUGUAUGUGAUAACCCUGAGAAAAAUGAGACAAACAAUGAUAACAACAAAGAUCCUGUAGAGUCACCGCUUAAUGUCUAUCAGCUAGAGCACCAAGCAGAUCUCACCAAAACCUUUGCAUCUGUUCAACACCUAGAUUUGAAGAGGCGGCGUUUGUCAGAACAUAGUGAUGUAGUUUUGUACAAAAAACCUGCAACAGAUUCCGCAGACCCUAGCUGUCAUUCUCAGGAAAUAUUCCAUGAGCAAGACAUGAUGGAAGAAGGAAUACCAGGUGAAUGUGAGAACCCAGAGAAAGAUGAGCCAAAUGAUAAUAACAACAAAGAUCCUGUAGAGUCACAGUGUAAUUUCAAUCGGGCAGAUAUCACCAAAACCUUUGCAUUUUUUCAAUACCUGGAUUUGAAGAGUCUGUCAGAACACAGGGAUGUAGUUUCAUACAAAAAAUCUGCAGCCGUUUCAGCAGCUUCAGAGUCUGGCUGUAAUUCUCAGAUAAUAUUGCCUAACCAAAGCGUGAUGGAAGAAGUGAUAUCCCAUGAAUGUAUGAACACUGAGAAGGAUGAGAUGAACAGUGACAACAGCGAUUCUAUAUCUGAACCAAAUCCAAGCACCCAUCUAAUGUCAGAUGGAAAAUUAAAAUCUGUAAUUGUCACUAUGUCAAAUGCUAGUGAAAGAGGCAAAAAAACAAGAAAUGUCAAUAUCAUGUUGUUACUCAGAUGUGUUCUGUUGUUUGUUUUUGUCCUUUUAUGUAUCCAAGUAGGUGUAAAAAUAAUGUUAUAGUAUUAUGAAAUUUAUAAAACUAUACCAUAAAUUAUCUAAUCUCAAGAUUAAACAAGGCAUAGUUUAAUAUUUAAUCAGCUGUGGCUUAAUGUCUCACCCUCAGGAAGUUGUGGCAUGAAUUAUACAAAAUUUACACCGUGUUUGUAACAACAGAGUACCUCUACUGUACGUACUCAUAGGUAUAAGGGAUAUAAUAUGGUAAGGUUUGUUUAAUAAAAAGGUAAGAAAAUGUAAAAUUUCUAAAUGUAUUUUAUAUUUUAUUUUAUUAUUAU